GAGGCAUCCUAUUGCACUUUCCUAGAAAAAGGCCUUUAAAAUCAUGCCGUGCGCGGUUCACCUUUAUUCGCCUAGGGUUUGCAUUCUCUUCGAUCCGGUUCCUGAUUUUGUGAAAGAGGGAUCUGUAGCGGUGAUGUCGGCGAAGGAAGAGAACCGGAUCUUUGUGGGUGGCUUGUCGAGGGAUACCUCGGAGCGGCGGCUGGAGGCGGAGUUCAGCCGGUUUGGAAAGGUCGUCGAGGCUAAAGUUAUGGUUGAGAGAGAUACUGGCCGCUCUCGUGGGUUUGGAUUUGUGACAUUUUCUGAUGCACGUGCAGCUGAGAUCUCUAUUAGCCAGAUGCAUGAAUGCGAGCUGGAUGGACGUGUCAUUUCAGUGAACAAGGCUGAGCCUAAAAUGAACACAGAUAACACUCGCUAUGAUGGUGGUGGGUACAAGUCCUAUGGUAUGGGAGGCUAUCAUGGUGUUGAUGGACCCCCACCUGCAGGGCGUUCUGAUGAAUGCUUUAAGUGCGGUCGUCUUGGACACUGGGCGCGUGAGUGCCCAUCUGCUGGAGGAGGUAAUGAUGGUCGAUUUUCCUCUCGCUCCAAAUUUGGAGGUGAUGGGCGAGGGGGACAUGAUCACAAUGAUCGUUUCAUUGAUGAUCGCUAUGAUGGUGGCUACUAUGGUGACCGAGACCAUAUAGACAGCAGGGACAGCCGUUAUGGUGGUGGUCGUGAACGAUAUGGGCCUCCUGGUGAUCACUUUUCAGGUGGUAGAUAUAGAGGUGGACCAGAGAAUUACGCACAUAAUGGAUACAGCAGGGAGAGAAGCUAUGAGAGGGAUGGGCCUCAUGUUGGUAGCUAUGAUAGAGAUGCGGUGCCAAGAGGUGGCAGUGGCUAUGAUAGAGAUGGAUCACGUGGUGGUGGAAGCGACAGAUAUGGGUCUGGUGGACCUGCUCGCUACAGUGGUGGAAGUUUCAGGGAAAGGUCAGGGCCUUAUGAUCGUCCUGGUAGGGGUGGACGUCCGUCAUCCUACGAUGUUCGCUAUUAAUGCUUCUGGUGGUUUACUAGGUAAAUCAGGGUGGCAUGUGAAACAAUGCAGUUGCUUUGUUCAAGACUGAGAGACAUGUAAACUCCUCUCAUUAGGACACUGGAAUCUGUCUUUGCAAACUGUUGUUUAUGGAUGUUUGUGCUUCAUCUGCACUAGUUGUAGCCAGCAGUGUCUUUUAAUAUGAUUUCUAUCUGGAUCUUACUCUUUUCAGUGCAGACUCCAUCCUUAAGUUCUCAGGUUUCAGUUUCUUCAGUAUCAGAAUGUUUGUUAGUUGUGAUCAAGUUAAGCUGAGCUGAUAGAAUGUGAUGCCUAUCUCCAUCCUUCUGAAAUGCUAUUGCAAUUUGUUUCGACUGAUUGUAAAGUUUCUCUUCACUUUUGAUCAGGACAAACUUCGAGUGAUGUAAGUUUAGUGGCUAUCUAAGAGGCUAUUAGUUCAAAUACCCUUCCUGCUGAUCAAUGCUGAGAAUGAAUUAGAUACCAGAUUAUGUUAUUAAUCCAGAUUGGUAUAUUGAUGCCUGACAGUACAGAUAUGCAGCUAAUUAAUACUUGUAAACAUGUCUGAUGCUGUGCUUUGUCUCAGGCAGCUGUACAUGAGAUAUGAGAAGAGCCACUCAUGCUUCUUUUCAUUCAUAGUUCAGUCGUUUUAAGGUGCUUCAGUUGUCUGUUUGUUAUCGACACUUUUCAGACAAAUGAAAGGAUUUAAGUGAGCUCCACGGUUACUAGUUUUGCUCAUGGCAGGAUUGCCCUUCGGGUUAUAUGAUGUUUGCAUAGAUGGGACUCCUGAGCUUUGUUUUGUGAGCUCGAUGGAAUUUAAUGGCCAUGUAGUCAGACAAGAUUCGCCCAAUUGAUUUCAAAUAGGUGAGACUAGCACUUAAUGGUUUUGAUUCUGCCGAAUAUUAGGAUUAGAGAGCAUUUACAAUUAACUGGUCUCUAGAUUCUUAAAGAGCAGUUUCUUGUUUUCAGUUCAUUGAAAAUGGUGAAAGAAGUAAACCAAAUGAUUAUUCCAAAAGUUGUUUUUGUGCUGAAUGUACAUGUGAUCUGGAGAGGCGUUUUUAGUUUUAUUAAUCAUCAAUGAAACUUGUGAAGUUGAAAGAUAACAUGAGAUGCAUACAAUUGCAUGUUGCGCAUGAUGUAAAAAUGCGUAGUGUUGUAUUAGAUAAUAAUAUCACUUAUUAUUGAAGUUUUAUUUUAUGGACCA